AGGAGGCGGGGCGGGCAGGUGACUGACGCCCGGCGGCGGAGCUCCGGCCAAGGCGACGGGCCUAGCUAACUGACCGGGUGGUGUUGUGUCUGGAGCGCACCGGGUUCUGUCCAGCCGGCGAGUCGUCCUUUUCCAGCCGCCCGCAGUGGUAGCUCCGUCCCUCCGGAGCCAGGGACUCGCGAGCGCAGCGUGUGGGAGACGGCGCGGCCUCUGGCGUCCCGGCCGUGCUCGGUCGCCGGAGAACCACUGGGCUAAGCGAGGAGCAGCAGCAAGCCGGAACCUUCUAGGGCCUCGGGCCCGGGGACCCGAGGAGGAUGAGCUGGCUCUUUCCCCUGGCCAAGAGCGCGUCAUCCUCCGCGGCCGGGUCCCCUGCUGGCCUCACCAGUCUCCAGCAGCAGAAGCAGCGGCUGAUCGAGUCACUCCGGAACUCCCAUUCCAGUAUAGCUGAAAUACAAAAAGAUGUGGAAUACAGAUUGCCGUUCACAGUAAACAACCUGACAAUUAACAUUAAUAUAUUACUUCCUCCCCAGUUUCCUCAGGAAAAACCAGUGAUUAGUGUUUAUCCACCAAUAAGACAUCACUUAAUGGAUAGUCAAGGACUAUAUGUUACCUCUCCAUUAGUAAGCAAUUUUACAAUGCACUCAGAUCUGGGAAAAAUUAUUCAAAGUCUUUUGGAUGAGUUCUGGAAGAAUCCUCCAGUUUUAGCUCCUACUUCAACAACAUUUCCAUACCUAUAUAGUAAUCCAGGUGGGAUGCCUCCUUACCCUUCUCAGGGGUUUCCGUUUCUUCCUACAUAUCCUCCACAAGAAGCUAACAGGAGUAUCACGUCUUUGUCUGUAGCUGACACUGUUUCUUCUUCAACCACAAGUUACACUGCAGCCAAGCCAGUGGCGCCUUCAUUUGGCGUCCUUUCAAGUCUGCCGUUACCGGUGCCCACAACAGAAUCUUCAGCAUCGAUUAACCAAAAUGGUUUUGGUUAUAAGAUGCCGGAUAUUCCUGAUGCAUUUCCAGAACUUUCAGAACUAAGUGUGUCACAGCUCACAGACAUGAAUGAACAGGAGGAGGUAUUACUAGAACAGUUUCUGAUGUUGCCUCAACUAAAACAAAUUGUUACUGACAAGGAAGACCUAGUAAAAAGUAUCGAGGAAUUAGCAAGAAAAAAUCUCCUUUUGGAGCAUAGCUUGGAAACCAAAAGGCAAACUGUUUUAGAUAAGUAUGAAUUACUUAUACAAAUGAAAUCUACCUUUGAAAAGAAGAUGCAAAGGCAACAUGAACUCAGUGAGAGUUGUAGUGCAAGUGCCCUGCAGGCAAGAUUGAAAGUAGCUGCACAUGAAGCUGAGGAAGAGUCUGAUAAUAUUGCUGAAGAUUUCUUGGAGGGAAAAACUGAAAUAGAUGAUUUUCUCAAUAGCUUCAAGGAAAAGAGAACAAUUUGCCACUGUAGAAGAGCUAAAGAAGAGAAGCUUCACCAGGCGAUAGCGAUGCACAGCCAAUUUCAUGCUCCUCUCUAGAUUUCCCUGAAAACAUGAACUACCAAGACAGAAACGGGACACAAACCUAAGCACAUUAUUUUCUAUUUAUGAUUAGGAAUUGGCAUUUCAUGACCGUGGCUGAGACCCAGAUGCACUAUAGAUUGUAUAGACACCUGAGACUGAUUUUGUAUAGAUUAGAAUGACUGCUAUAGUUGAGAAAAUUUUCUGCACUAUUUGCACUAAAAAUGUUUAUUGUUGACAAAUCCUGUAUUUAAGUUCCUCUGCUAUUCCUGAUUAAACAUCUAUGCAUGUAA